GCGGCGUGGGCGGGCCGCGCAACCCCUAUCCGACGCAUAGACCGCAGUCAGCAUGUGGUGGAGUUGGCUGGUGCUAGCGGCGCUGGCGCUGCCGGCGGCGUGCAAGGAGCUGGCGCACGACGCCGUGGAGCCGCAGGCGCAGGAGCCCGACCUCGAGAGCUACGACGAGUACUCGCCUCUCGACGAAGACGACAACGCUAUCCUCGCUGAACGAGACUUCAGAAUGUCGACAAACCUUCCCCCAAUUCGCCCUUCUACACGAACUCCACCACCAGCGCAGCGUUGCAUCGACAUCGGGCGCGCCUGGGCCGAGGGCGAGCACUGGAAGCGAGACAACUGCACCCUCUGCCAGUGCUUCGGUGGCCGCAUCAACUGCACUCAGCUUGCCGCUUGUCUCACCAAUCCAGUACCCUCAAGCAGACCAGAAAGGCCUUUAGUACCAGUAAGAGGCGUGGCCGGACUCCCUGGUGAAGAGGGCCCGUCAGGACCUCCAGGAGCACCAGGUGUCAACGGAGUCCCUGGGUCUCCGGGCAUGCCGGGGCCUAUCGGACCAAUGCCUGAUGUGAACGCGUACCUAGCGCAACUGGCGGCGGCAUCAGGAGGCGAUAAAGGGCCUGCCUUCGACCCAUAUGCGUACAUGCAAGCUUCUGUUGGACAACCCGGCAUUAGAGGAAUACCAGGACCACAAGGCCCGCCCGGCCCGCAAGGCUUUCAAGGUCCGAGAGGAGAACCCGGUGAACCGGGUUUACCUGGAUUACAAGGAACACCCGGAGAAAGGGGACCUCAAGGACCACCUGGAAAAGAUGGAUCACCCGGAGAGGAUGGAGAACCCGGGCCAGCCGGAACAGCAGGACAGACGGGACCCCGUGGCGCCCCUGGAGUGCCCGGUAUUCAAGGUCUUAAGGGUCACCGCGGGUUUGACGGCAAGGAUGGCGCUAAAGGUGAACAGGGACUGCCUGGAGAAAAGGGACCUACUGGGCUACCGGGUCAAAUGGGACCGGCUGGACCACUUGGUCCUGUAGGACCAAGGGGUGAACGUGGCCGAGAAGGUCCUCCCGGGCCACCAGGAAUGCGUGGAGCUGACGGUGCUAUUGGAGCACCUGGACCAAUGGGUAACAUCGGAAAACCUGGUGCUCCUGGCUUCCCUGGAACUCCGGGAAUGAAAGGCGAACAAGGAGCUUUCGGACCCAAAGGAAGUCAGGGCUUACAGGGCCUACGUGGUGAAUCUGGCCGACCAGGACAAUCAGGUGACGCUGGACCCCCUGGGAUUGCUGGACGUGAUGGAAUACCUGGCGAAAAGGGUGUACAAGGACAACCUGGAGCCACUGGCCCUCAAGGGUUCCCUGGACCACGUGGUACACCUGGAGUAGCUGGAGACCCAGGAAUCCCUGGAUCAAAAGGCAUGCCGGGACAACCAGGGGAAAGAGGUAUCAAAGGAGAUUCGGGUCCUCGAGGUGAAUCAGGAUCUCCUGGUCCUAGGGGAUUACCCGGCAUUAUCGGUCCUGAAGGCAAAAGAGGCAAACGAGGCUUGAGAGGCCCUGCUGGCAAUGUAGGCCCUCCAGGAGAGAGAGGUUUGAAUGGAUUAAGAGGUUUGCCUGGUCCUGAUGGUCAAAUGGGUCCAAAAGGUCAGCCAGGGGAACGUGGAGGAGUUGGUCUACCUGGAACAAAAGGUAGCUCUGGUGAUCCUGGAAGACCUGGACCACAGGGAAUACAAGGUGCUAGAGGACCUGUUGGCAGACCCGGUAUUACAGGCAAGACUGGCCCGCAAGGAGAAAGGGGUAUUCCUGGUGCUGAUGGUCGUCCUGGUGAACAAGGAUCCCAAGGAUUACAAGGACCACCUGGACUUAUGGGCAGCCCUGGAGAAAGAGGCUUGCAGGGAGAACCAGGGAAAGAUGGUGAACCCGGUCAGGCAGGACCACAAGGACCUAAAGGCGAUGCUGGACGAGAUGGAAAUCCUGGAAUACAGGGACCGCAAGGAGCUUCUGGUCCUUCUGGCGAGAGAGGUCCACCUGGGCCAGCUGGACAGACUGGUUUUCCGGGUAUGCCUGGAUCAGCUGGGUUACCAGGGUCACCGGGUAAAGAAGGUGAAAUGGGUGUAGCAGGACCAGCAGGGCCUCCAGGACCUUCGGGUCCACGGGGAGAAAGAGGGUUCCCAGGGGAACGUGGAUUGCCGGGACAAGCUGGAGCGACGGGAGAAAAGGGAGAGUCAGGAGCCCAGGGCCCUGAUGGACCACCGGGCCCAGAAGGUCCAAGAGGCAGCAAGGGACACCCAGGUCCAGUAGGCGCGAUGGGAAUGCCGGGAUUGCGAGGUAUGACUGGCUCACCGGGAGAGAAGGGCGAACGAGGAUCGGCUGGACCCCCAGGCAAUGAUGGGCCACCAGGUCGUCAAGGUGAACAAGGACCACAAGGACCUACUGGCCCAGCCGGUCCUCCGGGUGAACCAGCAGAGCGGGGUGAACCUGGUGUGGCUGGCGUCCCCGGUGAAUCUGGCGCCCCUGGCUCUCCUGGUGAAAGGGGCCAGCCGGGAAUGCAGGGCGCUCCUGGCCUCUCAGGACCUCCGGGUCUCACUGGCAUGCCAGGGCUAAAGGGUGACCGCGGAUACUCUGGAGCGAAAGGACAACAAGGGUCACCGGGUAGCCCAGGUGUACCUGGAGAACCUGGGCUUCGUGGGCUCCCAGGGCAAGCCGGCGCGAAGGGAGCUCGUGGUGAACAGGGACAUAAAGGAGAGGCAGGACACGCGGGUCUGCCCGGCAGGCCUGGAGAUCUAGGACCUCCAGGUCCUCAAGGCAGCACUGGCCCUGCGGGAACACCAGGCAUACCCGGCGCUAAAGGAGCAACUGGAGAUUCUGGAAGACCAGGCCCUUCGGGACCUCAAGGAUUAACAGGACCCGCAGGUCUUGAGGGACCUAAAGGCGAAAGAGGUAGCGAAGGCGAAUCGGGACCCCAAGGAUUAACUGGACCUCCGGGUCCUGCAGGAGAGAGAGGACCGGCUGGGCUUCCAGGAAUGUUAGGACCUCCAGGGUCACCAGGGCUUCGUGGGUCACAGGGUGAAAGCGGAAUCCCUGGAAAACCCGGUGCAGAUGGAGCUCCAGGACCCGUUGGACCACCAGGCUUACAAGGCCCGCCCGGGCAAAUGGGAGAACCAGGACCUGAAGGACGACCAGGCAAACAAGGACAACCUGGAAUAUCGGGACGACCAGGAGAUAAGGGACCGAUUGGACAGCCAGGUCCUUCUGGACCCCAGGGACCACCUGGUCUGCAGGGUCCACCAGGCCCAACUGGACAGUCAGGGCCUGCCGGCGAACGUGGGCCGCGUGGUGAAUCUGGUCCUCCUGGUGUCGAUGGACCACAAGGUCCAGCGGGCAAACAAGGAGCACCUGGUUUAGACGGCACAAAGGGCGAACGCGGUGAAGCGGGAUUAAAUGGCGCUAAAGGACAUGCGGGCUUGCCAGGUCUACCUGGUAUGGUUGGAGCUCCCGGGAGGCAAGGUGAACGAGGGUUGCCUGGGCCGGGUGGACCGCCCGGAAAAGAUGGCGAACCAGGACAUAGAGGACCCGCUGGUCGUGAUGGCAAUCCUGGACUUCAAGGACCAGCUGGCCCUGCCGGAGGUCGCGGGGCCCCGGGAGACGCAGGGCGGCACGGACCACCUGGACCGGCUGGUCCUCCCGGCCCCCCUGGCCCUCCUGGAGAAGGCUUGGCUUACGACGCUGCUGCUAUUGCUGCUAUGCUUCAACAGGGCUCAGUCAAGGGGCCAGACCCACUGGGCGAUGAUCCUAACUCGAUGCCACCUCGAUUCUUCAGCGAAGACAUGUCAGCUGCUGAGAGGAAAGAAAUCGUGAUGAAGGCGUAUGAACGACUAAAGGUGUCCCUCAAUAAGUUCCUGAAACCUGAUGGAUCAAAGGAAGCACCAGCUAAAACAUGCGCGGACAUCAAGUAUCACCAUCCAGGAUUUGAAAGUGGGCAAUACUGGAUCGACCCGAAUGGUGGGGACCUGAACGAUGCUAUCAUGGUGCACUGCGACAUGGACACUGGCAGCAGCUGCGUUUAUCCCAAACCCAUGCAGUCUAAGGACAUUACUUAUAAGGGCAAAGAUAAAGAAGUCUGGCUAAGCGAGAUGGAAGAAGGGUUCACGAUCACAUACAAAGCGGACCACUCCCAACUGACAUACCUGCAGCUGAUGUCAGCUCACGCCACUCAGAAUGUGACCUUCCACUGCCGCAACACUGUGGGAUUCUAUGACCCCGCCACAAGGAACCACCGCCACGGAAUCAAGUUGUUGGCUUAUAACGACGCUGAGAUCUUGCCUAAGGCCAACAACAGGUUGAGGUACAAGGCGCUACUGGAUGAAUGCCAAUUCAAGAAAAACACCUGGGCGAAGACAGUAGUGCACUUCGAUACGGACAAGUCAGGACGGCUGCCACUCCUGGAUGUGGGAGUCAGGGACUUGGGAAGAGCUAACCAGGAGUUCCGCGUGGAGCUGGGCCUUGCUUGCUUCAGCUAGGACCAAAGGAGAUCACCCACGACAGGAUUAUCACGUCGACACAUAAUAAACUCAACAGAGAGUCGAGGUAGUAAAUGACACAAAUAGAUCUACCUCGAGUUUACCUCACAUUGUGUGUGAUAAAAUAAUCUUAACAUGCGGAUUGCGGGUGUUCCAAUGAACGGAGAUCGUGAUAAUUGCGAUAUUAAUUUCCUAAUCGUGUAACUUAGCAUCUAUCGCUAUUCGCAGUUGUUUAAUUUCAGUAUGAUGUUGUUCAUGUAUUACUGAGAUAAACCCAUGAGUGAAUCACUGCUACUAGUUUUUUCAGCUGUUUCAAAAAACAUUUUUAUUAUGUUUGUUAAAAGUGGUCGUGAUAAAUGUUGAGUUACUCAAUUAGUAACUUAAUUAAUUAGUAACUUGAGACCUUAUAGUCGUACAUAGGGGCGAAAAUAAAACGAAACGAAUUCUAUCAAGAUCUGCGUUUAAAUUCUUUUAAGGUGCCAGAGUUAUUAUUAAGUUUUCCAUAUCAACGUAUUUUUUUGCUUUAAUCAAUACCAAUGAAUGACGUAUAUUAUUUCGUUAGUUUAACUCUACCAAAGAUUUUUUUUACAAUACGUAUUAGUCUACAUUCGGAUAAUGAAUGUACGAAAU